CGAGAAUCGAGAUUCCUCACGCGAUCAUGGGCUUAUCUCAGAAGGUCUGAAGGUGGCGUUGCCUUGGUCUUGGACUGGACGGUCGUGCUCAUCUUGUCGCCGAUGGUGGCGUCUACGGCUGAACCGACUACACCAUUCGAUUCGCAAUUCCCGAAACUUUUGCUCUAGACUUCAUUAGCACUUGGUUUCUACUUUUUACUGUUGUUGUGGCUUUCGCCAUGACUGCAUCAGACGAUGAGAAUGAAUCCUUGGCUCACUUUCUCGAAUCGGAGGUCCUCUCCGAGGUCUCUGACGAGGAAGAAAAGAAAACAGAACCCCUAGCGAAGAGAUUGCGCCUUGACAAUGAGGGAACUUCUCAAACUGGGAGAGGGAGCAGCCAAAUCUCCAGACGGAUUGAGACGGGGAUUUUCAGCAAGAUCCCUCCAGAGCUUUUCCACAACAUCCUCAAGUUCCUUUCUUCAGAGGAUCUCGUAGCAUGUUCUCUGGUUUGUAGAUUUCUGAACCAUGCGGCAUCUGAUGAAAGUCUAUGGCGUCGCUUGUAUUGCAUGCGCUGGGGUCUGUCUCCUCCUACUAAAAAAUUACGUCAAUUUGCUUGGAAAAAGCUCUAUAUUCAGCGUGAUGAGGAGGACAUGGUCGAAUUUGUUAGGAAUACUCCAUCUGAGUUCAAAGAAUAUUAUAUCCAAAUGCAGGCAGCCAAGAGAAGCCAAGCUCCUCUUCCCUCACAAGUGAAUGAUGAUCGCAUAAUUAUGGACAAAACAGUGGCUGAUCAAGUAUCUAUGUGGAGAAGCAGUAAAGGCAUGACAGAUGAAGUGGUUGUUGACCAUGCUUGUUCUGGGGAAACAUGUUCUUACUAUCAAAUUGGAGAUGUUUUCAUUUGUGAGAAAACUGGUCGUGUUCAUGUGUGUGAUGAUACAUGCAGAGAAGUUGUUUUGGAUGCCUCCAGUGGGCUUCUGGUUUGUACAAUAUCUGGGCACUGUUUUGAUAGAAUGCUCUCUCCUUCAGAAAUGGAACCAGAUGCUGAACAACAGCAAGGUGGUGUAACAGAUGAAGCAGAACCAUUUAUGGGAUCUGGCCGAUUUGCACGUGCAUAUCUCUUGGGGUAUAACUGUGCUGAUGAGAAGGAACUGGAAGCGGCAUUGAGGUUUUGCUGAUCUGGUAUUUGUGCUUUUCUUCCAUGUUCAGCGAAUUUUGAUGAAAAUGAUAGCAUCUUCAAGCCACACAGUUUUCUAAGAAUGAAAGAUAGUUGAUUUCAGUUCGAUAUAGGAUACUUACUGUAUGAUUAGAUUGUAAGUAUUACUUAAUGUAAAAGAAAGCUGGCUUCUUCAAGCCUAAAAGAUGUGUAGCAGGUUGUAUUUGUAGAAGUGUUUGUGAUUAAAGCAAGGUUUAGAGGAGCAAGGUCUAGCUGAACGCCUUAACUGUUCAGCAGGCUGUGGAACCAAUGAUAAGGUUCCAUGCUAGUAUUUAAAUACAUGGGGCCUAUAUAUUUUACAGUGGGGCCCAUGAGUUUAUUACUGGCGUGGAACUUUGUCAUUGGGUCCACAGCCCACUGAACAGCUAAAGCGUUCAACUAAUCCGUAUUCGGUUUAAUGUAUUGAUACGUAUCAGCCGAUGUGCUUUUUGGGCUUAUUUACAUGGCACAGGUGUAAUGGUAUUGGUCAAAACUCAUGUCUUUCCACCCUUGUGUAUUCAAGACAUUUCUUUCUCCUACCUUAUU